AGUGCGCACCACUGUGUGUGUGUAAACAAAGCGCAGCGGGCAGUUCGUGUCGUGCGUGCACGGUGCUCAAAACAAUCCAAGCAGUCGUGCUUUGUACCUACGGAAAAGGAUUCUCCUAGCAAACGUGUACCGGAAGCAGGAAGUGGUCACUCUAUCGCAACUAGAAUUAGCGUGUUGACGGUGUUAUUGUGCCAGUUUGGAGCGGAAAUGGAAGGUUUUACUGCUACCGUGCAGCGGCGGGAAGUGCCAAUGAACCAUCUUUUCGAUGGCGGUGCGCUGAACGUGUACGAUCAACAGGUGGCCAACCUGUCGGCCGGUGCACCGGGGCCGGAUUUGCUUGGCAAGAGUGCGCAAUUCUUUCAGCAAGCUACAGAAGAGCGGAUCAAAUACGAGCUGAAAAAUUCAUCCUUCCUCUUCCAAUACGGUCCAUCGAUUGGGACGACGGAAUUUCGCAAAUCGCUCGCCUCCUUCCUCGCCGACGGCUAUCGGAGCGAGGUAAACAUGUCCGAUCUGGUUCAAACCAGUGGUGCGACGAACGGGCUGCACCUGAUACUCUCCACCCUGGUCGAUCUGGCAGGCGUAAUAUUCGUUGACGAGUACACGUACAUGAUAGCGCUCGAAACCAUCGCCCAGUUUAAUACCAUGAAAAUAGUACCAGUGCCCCUCGACGAGGACGGCCCUAACCUCGCCACUCUGCAGGCGCUGAUCGAUCAGCACCGGUUCGAGCCGACGAAAGGGAAACUAUUUUGGGGCGUUUAUUACACGAUGCCGACGUUCCACAACCCGACCGGUAUCGUCUUCUCCGAGGAAAAGUGUCAACAGCUGAUAAAACUCGCUCGCGCAACCGACAUCUUGAUUGCGUGUGACGACGUGUACAAUUUAUUGCACUACGCUGAUCCGGACGCGCCGCCGCCAAAGCGCCUGUUCGCGCGCGACAUUGCCGACCUGGGCCGGGUGGAGGGAUGGCGCGGCAACGUGAUCUCGAACGGAUCCUUCUCCAAGAUCCUGUCGCCCGGCAUACGGCUCGGCUGGAUGGAGUGUCCUCCGCGCUGUGUCGAAGCAUUCCGCAACAGUGGAGUGCUCAUAAGUGGAGGUGCAGCCAACAACUACACCGGCGGCGUAGUGGCCACCCUCAUCCAGAUGGGCUUGGCACGGCGACAGCUGGACCACUACCGCACCAACUACGCCGCACGGCUGGGCGCGAUGGCGGAAACGCUACAGGCGCACCUUCCCGCCGGCUGCAGCUUCCGCAAACCGAACGGCGGGUACUUCGUGUGGAUCCGCUUCCCAUCGCACAUCGACUGUGCCGAGUUUAAUCGGUACUGUUUGGAGAAGUAUCGCGUUUCCGCCAUUCCCGGCGUACGGUUUUCCUUUGCGAAGGAGGCGCGCCACUUUCUGCGCCUCACGUUUGCGUUCCACGAGCCGGAUUAUCUGCGUCGCAGCGUGCGGACACUGUGUGAGGCGGCCGGGGAGUAUCUCGAGAUAGCUGCCAGCACAGCGUAGCUUCCCCUAGCCCACCGAUCGACUUCUUGAUCGACGCAAAUCUGUUAUCUGUGCGAUACUUUACGACAGUACAGAGCAAAAGCAGCUACGAUAUAAAGCAUCACAGGCAAAUACUAUUUAUAGAUCUGUAAAAAAUAAAUAAAUAAAUGAAACGACCCCCCAUGUAUAUCGGUGGCAGAAAGA